AUGGCGCCCUCUCAUACACUGAGGUGCUGCAAACGGGCUCUUAACUGGAUACCGGUCUUGUUUAUUAACCUGGUCGUGGGCUGGUCUUACUACGCUUAUGUCGUGGAGCUUUGUGUUUAUACAAUCACAAACAAUGCAGAGCGAAUCAGCUACCUGGUCAUCUUCCACAUUUUCUUCUUCAUGUUUAUAUGGUCAUACUGGAAGACUAUCUGCACCAAACCAGCGGAACCAUCAAAAGUGAGCUGUCAUUUCUUGUACCCACAGUUUGCCCUCCCGAGAGCAGAGCGAGAACUGUUUGAAAGAGAGGAGCAAGCGGAGAUGCAACAGGAAAUUCUGAAGAAGGUGGCGAGGAAUUUGCCCGUGUACACACGCACGGCAGGAGGAGCCAUCCGAUACUGCGGAUUCUGCCAGGUAAUCAAACCUGACCGCUGUCAUCACUGUUCCACGUGCGAGAUGUGUGUUCUCAAAAUGGACCAUCACUGUCCCUGGGUGAAUAACUGUGUCGGUUUCUCAAACUACAAGUUUUUUGUCUUGUUUUUGGCUUACGCUUCACUCUACUGUGGAGUUAUUUGCGCUACUGUUGUCCAGUACUUCAUCAAAUUCUGGUCUAAACAUCUUCCCAACACGCACGCCAAAUUCCACAUCUUGUUUUUGUUCUUUGUGGCGGCGCUGUUCUUUAUCAGCAUCCUGUCACUCUUCAGCUACCAUCUCUGGCUCGUAGGCAAGAACAGGACCACCAUAGAGGCUUUCAGAGCUCCAGUGUUUGUGAAAGGUCCAGACAAGAAUGGAUUUUCUCUCGGCUUCAAGCGGAACAUCGCCGAGGUGUUUGGGGAUGAAGCCAAGCGCUUUAUAUUUCCUGUUUUUUCCAGCCUAGGGGACGGCUAUUCAUUCGGAACCAGACUGUUGCACAUAGAUCCUGAACAGGCAAACGGCGUCCUGCAACAAAAUGGCAAAAGUCUUUCUAAUGAGGAAAUACACCCUAACUCAUUGGGAGACAAUACGCAACACAAGGUGGAUGAUGACAAAGCUGAGAAUGGAGGAGUCCAGAUAGUGUCUGUGGUCAUGGAGAACGAGCCAUAG